AUGCGGGUCACCGUCGUCGACGGGCGCCAGAUUGUUGGACGGUUCAUGGCUUACGACCGCCACAUGAACCUGGUGCUGGGGGACGCGGAGGAGUUCAGGAAGCUGCCGCCCAAGAAGGGCAAGAGCGAAGAGGAGCGCGAGGAGCGGCGCGUGCUCGGCCUGGUGCUGCUGCGCGGCGAGGAGGUGAUCUCGCUGACCAUCGAGGGCCCGCCCCCCCAGGAGGACCUGCGCGGCAGCAAGUCGCAGGUCGCGCCUCCGGGGAGCGGCGCCGGGCGCGCGGCGGGGCGCGGCGUGCCCGUCGCGGCACCGGGGCAGGCGCCGGCGGGCCUGGCGGGCCCCGCGCGCGGCGUGGGCGGCCCGGCCCCUGGCAUGAUGAUGCCCCGCCCCCAGAUGCAGGCGCCGCCCAUGAUGCGGCCGCCGGGGAUGCCCCCGCCGGGCAUGCCGCCGCCGGGGAUGGGCAUGCCGCCGCCGGGGAUGCGGCCGCCAGGAGACCGACCGGUGCGCUCUCCGGGGACCGGCUAG